UUCUGAAGGCAUCUCUUUCUUUUCGUCAGCAGGCAAAAUGGCCGAAAAUCGUGGGAGUAUGACAGACGUCUCGGAGAUUAAGAGUAAUUUUGUGUGUCCGACAUUGUAAAUAAACAUUUUAGUGCACGCGUCGCGUUCUGUGUAGUGCUCAGUGUUAGUGCAUGCUGUGUUGAAUAAAGUGCAGACCCUGUGAUCAUAGUUCUAACUAAAAAGGUGUUUGUGUUUUGUGCCUUGUUUUCACUAAUAACUUCGCCCUGUCAUCUGUUUUGGAUUUAUGUUUACUUGAUCACGGUGAUGCUGGGCGGUGCGGGGUCGCCGGGCGGCGACGAUCUGCUCACCGUCACCAUCGCGCGCGACGAACAUGGAUACGGGAUGAAAGUGUCAGGCGACAACCCAGUAUACGUGCAGAGCGUGAAGGAGCACGGCGCGGCUUGGCGCUCGGGCCUUCGUGCUGGAGACCGCAUCCUGCGCGUCGAUGGCGUGCCCGUGCACCACCACACGCACCAGCAGGUCGUGCACAUGAUACGAGCUAACCCCGUGACCGUGCUGACGGUGCAACAGAAUGCGUCCCGCCAUAAAACACCCAUCACAGCGCCCGUGCCUGUCAACCCGGAGAAGCAGCGUCAGCUAGAGGCAGCUAAAGCCCGCACGGUGCGCCUGAUGCUGGAACAGGAGCUCAAGUACAUCCGCGACCUGCGCCAGGAGCUGUCGAAGGUUCCAGACGUUCGCAAGCAAGCGCAACUAGAGUCGGCCGAGCUACGCUGUUCUAAGCUACAGCGGGAGAUCGACUCCAUCAUCACGGGACAGCCGCUGGAGCCGGGCACGCCGCUGGGCGGGCGGCGCGCGCCGCCGGGCUUCCUCAGCGGCCUGCCGCGCUCGCUGUCCAACCUCACCGGCCAGAGCCUGCGCCACUUGCGCCAGGCGCGACUGAACAAGACGCAAGAGGCACCGCCGCUCGCUCGCCAGAACAGCGACGAUUCCCCGCACAACCACACCGUGCCCCUCGUCCCCACCACCUGCCUGGACAACGUGUCCCCACCCCCUCUCCCCCCUAGAGCUACCGACCGCCGAUCCACCCUGUCCCCUCCCAUCAACCCCCUAGCCAAACCCAAACCCACCUCCAGCAAAACCCCCAAAAGACUCCCCGACAAACCGUUCCCUAUGCACCAAUCCAUGCCUCCGUAUCAAGAUCAGAGGCUCCGGUCGUCGCAUUCACUUGAUGGGGACUUGGAGGGGCCGCAGCCGAAUUCCAUAGCGCUGCAGAUGAGCUACCCGCUGGUUAAUGUGCCUCCGCCGCCGUUGCAGACGGACAACAGAUCGAGUGUGCCAGUGUUGCACGUCCGAAGCCAGUCGUCGCCGGAACAGCUGGAUACAGAGGCGCCUCCGAUGCCGAGACCAUGCACGGCAGAAGAAAAAGAGUCGUGGGAGCGCGGCACUCCGCCCCCAGGGACGCCGCCGCCGCCCUACGCACACAAUACACAGCCAUGUGCCGACCCACAGAGAGCCAUAAUAUCGAUGGAGGAAGACGACUCGCCGGCUUCGGACAACUCGACGUACUCUGGGCUGUUCUCGAAUCUUCGCUCGGUGCGAGAAUCCAAAGCGAGGACGGCUGUUCUGCUCAAUUGGCUUCUAGGGGAGAGGAGAUGCGCGUGCGCAUCGCUGCUGCUUAUAUUGACGGAUGGCUACCGCGGCGCGGCCGGCGUGGGCACGGCCACGCUGCGGCGCUGGGCCUACGAGAUACAGUCCACCUUCCUCAUCCCCAACGCGGUGUUACAACUGAAUGGCGUCGACGAAAAUAUGGCAAAUGAAAUCGAACAUGUAUUAGUAAACGAAUACGACAAAGAGGAACUCCUACGCAACGUGUUCCGCAAGGCGCGGUUAAAGGCCAAAGAGGAGCUGAGCCAGCAGCUCACUGAGUUCCAGGUCAAGCGUAAAGUGGGACUCGCUUCACUCUACUCGCCGGAUGACCCCGUCAUCGAGAAGUGUGAUGUCGAUAAGGCGCAGGAACAAGUGGUGGUCGAGCGCUUGCUAUGCCAGCGGCUGAGCGAGGCAGCGGGCCGGGAGUCGGCGCCCGCGCCGUCCUCGUGUAGUACCGCGCCCGGCGCCAACGCGGCGCUGCUGCACGCGCUGUACGCCGCCGCGCUGUGCCUGCACUGCCGGCCAGCGUCUGUAGCGGCGGCGGUGGGCGGGUCUCGCGCGUCGUUCUUACAACGCGACAAGUUGUACAAGCAGCGCGUCAAACAGCUCACGAAACAGCAUCCGCAGCCUUACGUAGUCCGGGGUCACCACUUGCAGCUACAAGCGCUGACGUCGGUGGGCCACUGCCACCACUGCGACCACGUCAUCUGGGGCCUCGCGCCGCAGGCCUACGUCUGCACAGACUGCAAACUGCGAGUGCACCGGACAUGUGCAAAGUCUGUGGAGGAAGGAUGCUGUAUGGACGGCGAGCACCAUAACAACAGGAUAUCGCGCUUCAUGGAGCGGAUACACCCCAACAACCAGCUCAAUAAUCCAGACACUGGAGAUAAGAAAUCGAGGAAAACGUCCAAUCACUUUCUCAACAUGGAGAGGAGUUUUCGGAAGAUGGAGGACGAACAACCCUGGGACCAGACGCUGACGCCGGCUUCUUCUCAAGGUCAGUGA